CACUGUUUUCUUCUGUCAUACCUCACAGCAAGGUAUAAAUAUAUUUUGUACCUUAAUCACCUCUAAAUCAAGCUCAGCAACAGAAUAUCAAGAUGAAAGUGCCAAACAUCCUCCUGCUGCUGUUCUUCAUAGACGCUGUGGAUGUGUUACUGUUUGGACCUCAGGAAGUCAGCACUGCACCUGUUGACCAUGAAGAUGGAGAAGGCUCAUACUCGGGAGUCAAUAUGGACACAGGUGCUCAGCAAAAUGAUUUGGUUACAAAUAUUUCUGUGGAAAAAAAUCUCCAUUACUUCAGUAGCCCAUCUGAGGCUACCACCUUGAGAUCUGCUGAGUCACCUACAGCAGGCGUACCCUUCCCCGUGACUAGCAGCUCUGCUGUUAUACCCGAUGCCUCAUCUCCCUGCGGCUUCAGAAAGGACAAGUACCUCACGCUGCUCAUGGUGGCUGGAGGGCUAAUGAUAGCCUGCGUGAUCCUGCUGGUUUCUACUGUCAUAUUGGCGUUGAAGGUUUGCCAAAUGAGCAGGCGCAUCAAGACCAGCGAUGCCAUCCUGAUCAGAAAAUCUGAAUGCAGGACCAAUGCAGGCGAAAGUACAGCAGAGACUGAGGCCAAUGACACGACCAUUUUAAUGAAUGACAUUGGCCAAACGCAGAUGGGCGACGGUGCACCCAAUGAUGAGGACAAACACAAGGAUGGACAGACGGGGCAAGAGGGAGGAGAGACACAUGCCAGUAACACUGCACACAGUCCUGAUGCUUUGGCUAGUGGGAAUCAGGAGAUGCCUGUAGCAGCUGCUGAGAGUACAGCCUCUCCAACACCACUAGGGGGUGCCACUGACUCCCCGGCCACUAACGCCAACAUAGCCCCUUCUACCGAAGGCUUGAAGGAAUCAAAGGAGUGAAGCCAAAGUGUUUCUUCAGCAGUGCUAUGUUAUAUCUUCAGAACCCAUUCAAAUACUUUUUGUUGACAGCUUUUGCUUUUAGUCGACCUACGCUGUCAGGUGUCAAAUCUAACAGGGCU